UUAUGAGCAAAUUCCCCAGCACAAAGCCUAUUUUGACAAUAACAGUUCAAAUGAAAAGUCUUCGCUUACUCUUUGAACGAAACUCUUCUCCCGCUAAAACCACCUCUUCUUCCUCCAAAUUCAAACGCCCAAAGCCUUCUUCCAUCUCUAAUGGCUCUGAUUCAUCACAAUCAUCAUCAUCUCAAGAUCCCCUUAAAACCCAUUUCUCCUCUCUCAUCAAAUCCACCGAAACCACCCUCCAACUCCGGCAAAUCCACGCUCAAAUCCUGCGCCGCCACCUCUCUUCCAGUGCCAAUCUCACCACCCUCUUAAUCUCCGUUUCUUCUUCCCUCAAAUCCAUACCAUACGCGCUCUCUAUUUUCAACAAUUCUCACCACAAAAGCUUAUUCCUUUUCAAUGCUUUGAUUCGUGGCUUGACGGAGAAUUCUCAUUUCCAAUCCUCAGUUUCACAUUUUCUUCUCAUGUUGAGACAUAGAGUUCGCCCUGAUAAACUUACAUACCCUUUCGUGCUCAAGUCUGUUGCGGGAUUGGGUCUUCGUUUCCUUGGUCUGAUCCUUCAUGGGAGAAUAAUAAAAUCUGGGGUUGAGUUCGAUUCAUUCGUUCGGGUUUCGUUAGUGGAAAUGUAUGUGAAGCUCGAGGAAAUGGGUUUUGCGUUGCAAGUGUUUGAUGAAAGUCCUGAGAGAAACAAGAGUGAGAGUAUAUUGUUGUGGAAUGUGUUGAUUAAUGGGUGUUGUAGAGUGGGGGAUUUGGAGAAAGCUACGGAGCUUUUCGAGGCUAUGCCUGAAAGGAAUAUUGGGUCUUGGAAUAGUUUUAUAAAUGGGCUAAUGAAAAAUGGGGAUUUGAACAAAGCUAUGCAGCUUUUUGAUGAAAUGAAGGAGAAGGAUGUGGUUUCUUGGACUACAAUUGUUAAUGGGCUUUCACAGAAUGGAGAUCAUCAGAAGGCGUUAUCCAUGUUCUUUAAGAUGUUGGAGGUCGGUUUAAGGCCGAAUGAUCUUACUCUUGUUUCAGCUCUUUCCGCUUGUGCUAAAAUUGGUGCACUUGAAGCUGGAGUCCGUAUCCAUAACUAUUUUGUGGAAAAUGGGCUUCGGUUGAAUAAAGCAACUGCUGCUGCUUUGGUUGAUAUGUAUGCAAAGUGUGGGAAUAUCCUGUCUGCUAGUAAGGUUUUUGAAGAAACAAAAGAGAAGGACAUUCGUACCUGGAGUGUCAUGAUAUGGGGUUGGGCAACCCAUGGAUUUUAUGGACAAGCUAUCCGAUGCUUCAAAAAGAUGAUGUUUUCAGGAAUAAAACCCGAUGCGGUGGUCUUUCUUGCCCUCCUGACUGCAUGCUCACAUUCUGGACAAGUAGAUCUUGGGCUUAACUUCUUUGACAGCAUGAGGUUUGAUUACUCCAUUGAGCCAACCAUGAAGCAUUAUACGUUGGUCGUUGAUUUGUUAGGCAGGGCAGGCCGACUGGAUGAAGCAAUGAAGUUCAUACAAAGGAUGCCUAUAAGUCCCGAUUUUGUGGCAUGGGGAGCACUUUUUUGUGCUUGCAGAGCUCACAAAAAUAUUAAAAUGGCAGAACUAGUGUCAGAAAAGCUCCUUCAGCUUGAACCUAAACAUCCUGGGAGCUAUGUUUUCUUGUCAAAUGUUUAUGCAGCUGUUGGUAGAUGGGAAGAUGUGGAGAGGGUAAGAAUGUUGAUGCAGAAUCAAGCUGUUGGCAAAGAUCCGGGGUGGAGUUAUAUUGAAGUCAAUGGACAAGUGCAUAGUUUUGUAGCUGGUGAUCAUGAUCAUAAGCGUGCAAGAGAAAUAUACUUGAAAUUAGAGGAAAUAGUGUCUGGUGCAAGAGAACAAGGAUAUAUGCCUGAAACUGGGUGGGUUCUUCAUAAUAUUGAGGAAGAAGAGAAGGAAGAUGCAUUAGGAAGUCACAGUGAAAAAUUGGCGCUUGCCUUUGCCUUAAUGAACACUUCUCCGGGGACAACUAUCAGGAUAGUGAAGAACUUAAGAGUUUGUGGAGAUUGCCAUUCUUUGAUGAAAUGUGCUAGUAAGAUGAGCCAAAGAGAGAUCAUAUUGAGAGAUAUAAAGAGAUUCCACCAUUUCAAGUAUGGGGUCUGCUCAUGUGGAGAUUAUUGGUAAAAUGGUUCUUCUGUAAGACUCAAACCAUAGAUGGGCAAGGCUUGAGAAAAUAAAGUUGUAAGUGUUGAACCAGGAAGGACGAUGUUGGCCAUGUUAUAAACUUUCCUCCAGAAAGACUAAACAUCGAGGAAAAGGUUCAACCAUGAGUGGCCAACUGAAACGUGCUUGGUCGAGCACAUGCCAAUUAUCAGCUACGUGUCAAAUCCCACAAUUAUAAAUGUAGAUUGGGUUCCAUGCUCUAGUUAAUCCAUUAGAUGACACGGUCCAUUGAAAAGCAUGCCUUAUGGAAAGAAGUGUCAGUGACAACCUUUUAAUCAACAGCAACUUACCCUACUAAUGAGCAUUUGGAGCAUUUCACAUCUUUGCUAUGGUGAAAUUGAAGCAGUUCUUGGGUGGUUUUUUAAGGGGUUAAACAAAGCUUUGUGAGACCCCAAAGUGAAGCACAGUAUCUUCUAAGCUCAUUUUUCUGUUCUUCUAUUCUUGAUUCAUUUAUUGAGGUAUUUGCAUGUAUCUAAUCAUUAGAUUCUAAUGUCAGUUAUUAGAAUUUAUAACGAAAUAGAAAUAACAAAAUGAUUCAGUUUAAUUCCCAUUAUAACAAUUAUCUGUGUUUGGUUCAAA